GCAUCAGUCGAGACCGGAAAUACAACCUCUGUGGCUUAAUGGCUUAUGGCAAUGGUGUUCGAGCAGUGUUUACUGUCGUUUUUCACUAGUUAUGUUUACGUUCUUCUCCUUGUGAGAAUGCAACCCGUCACGGAGACGGCUAGGAAAAUGCACGGGUGGUGCGCGGGAUAUCUCUUUAAUCGAACUCAUGGAUAAUGACAAGAAGACACGCCCUACCAUGGAAUCAAGACUAUAAUCCAGAAGAGGAGAAGAAAAGGACUUUCUCUCCCUCUUUCCCGUAUCCGUUAUAAAGUAAAAGGGCACUGCAAUCCAACAGAAUUUGCAUUGCACGAAGAAGGAUUACGAAACAAACUGUCAAAGGAUAAGAGCCUUAAAAAUCAGCUUUUUAACUUUAACUAAGUCAAAGAUGGCUUUCUUGGACAACCCAGCCAUUAUUUUAGCCCACAUCCGGCAGUCUCACGUGACCAGCGAUGAUACGGGCAUGUGUGAGAUGGUGUUGAUUGACCAGGAUGUGGACCUGGAGAAGUGCCAGCUGGCCUUUGUGCCGGGCAGCAGCUGUGGGUCAGCAGGUUCAGGUCCCCUGAUCGAUGGCAGCAACAGCUUGGGUGAGAACCAUGGCUGCGACCUCUCGCAAUCGAUGGACAUCACCUCAAGCUGGGACUUUGGCAUCCGCAGACGCUCCAACACAGCUCAAAGACUUGAAAGACUAAGAAAAGAGCGACAAAACCAAAUCAAAUGCAAAACUGUUCAGUGGAAGGAGAGGCCAUCAUCGUCAUCGCAAUCAGUGGAAGACAUGAGCUCUCUGUUUGAGAAGCGGGACCUGAGGAACAGAGAGCAAAUGACCGGCUCCAAGUCCACGCUGUCCCUGCGUCUGGAACAGUGUCCCCAGCAGCUCAACAACCCCUUCAACGAGUACUCCAAGUUCGACGGCAAGGGCCACAUCGGUACGACGGCCACCAAGAAGAUCGACGUGUACCUUUCCAUGCAGAUGACCCAGGAGAAGCUCCACCCCAUGACGGUGGUCACCAUCGCCAACGCCCGCGUGCACGACCUCAUCGGCCUGAUCUGCUGGCAGUACACCGGAGAGGCCCGCGAGCCCAAGCUCAAUGAGGACGUGACAGCCUACUGCCUGCACAUCGCCGAGGACGACGGUGAGGUGGACACGGACUUCCCCCCGCUGGACUCCAACGAGCCCAUCCAUAAGUUCGGCUUCAGCACCCUGGCGCUGGUGGAGAAGUACUCCUCGCCCGGCCUGGCCUCCAAGCAGUCUCUGUUCGUCAGGAUAAAUGCUGCUCACGGUUUCUCCCUCAUCCCGGUGGACAGCCUUAAGGUGACCAUGAAAGAGAUUCUCCAAAAAGCACUUAAGAAGAGGAAAGGCUCUCAAAAAGGCUCAGGACCCAUGUACCGCCUGGAGAGGCAGACGGAGCCCAACGAGGCCGUGGACCUGGAGUGCACCCUGGAGAGCCAGAACACCCUGGAGUUCUGCCUGGUCCGCGAGAACAGCUCGCGCGGGGAGGAGAGUUCGGAGGAGGACCCGCCCAUCGACAUCACCACGGUGCAGGACAUGCUGAGCAGCCACCACUACAAGUCCUUCAAGAUCAGCAUGAUCCACAAGCUGCGCUUCACCACCGACGUCCAGCUAGGCAUUUCCGGGGAGAAGGUGGAGAUCGACCCGGUCACCAAUCAGAAGGCCAGCACCAAGUUCUGGAUCCGCCAGAAGCCCAUCUCCAUCGACUCGGACCACCUGUGUGCCUGUGACUUGGUGGAGGAGCGCAGCCCCAGUCACGCCAUUUUUAAGCUCACCUACCUCAGCAACCACGACUACAAGCCCCUCUACUUUGAAUCUGAUGCUGCUACCGUCAACGAGAUUGUGCUGAAGGUGAACUACAUCCUGGAGUCCCGGGCCAGUACCUCGAGGGCCGACUACUUUGCCCAGAAGCAGCGCAAGCUGAGCCGCCGCACCAGCUUCAGCUUCCAGAAGGACAAGAAGGCCGGCCAAUAGAAAUGACUCGCGGGAGCGUGGCUGAUUUUUAAUCCUCUCGUGGGGGUACUAAGGGCGUGUGUACGGACGUGGCCUGACGCAUGGUCGUCACACACACACGCGCACGUGCACGCACACGCACGAGGACCGCAGAGGAACGGGCCAAAGACAAAGCGUCAUAAUGGAGGAGGGAGUCCAGUUCUUGAAAGGCUGGACGGACUGAAGGACAGUGAGGGACGGGACGGGACGGGGGGGUUGCCUCUGCCUUGAGGGGGAGCUGCUGUACCAGCGACCCCAUCAGCCUCGGUCGCAGACGGGUGAUCUCGACUCGCAAAAAAACAAAAACCUUUUGCUGCAACUUUUCAAUCGUUUAUUUCUUUGGUUUCUUUUAGUUUCAUUUGUUCCAACAUGGUUGAAAACGGGGAACCCAUUGUCCUGUUCUGCUUGUGUCGAGCUGAAUGGCUGAUGGUCAAUUAUGUCUGCUGUGUCUGUCCCUUUUCCUAAAAAGUUUGUUAAUUAGCCGCUUCUUAAUUUAAGUAUAUUUUAAUUAAGUUUAAAUGACUCGGUCGUGUGUAACGAAGGAUGGAGGAACACGACCCUAAAUUUAGUUGCUGCAUUUCUGCUUCUGUCCCACUUUAGAUCAAGGUGUAAAUUCUGUCAGACUUUGUACAAUGACAAUGUAACAUGAAUAACAUUGUAUUUUGCUUUUACAUUGAGAUUCUGCUGUCAUGGUUUGAAAUGAUAGCGAAAACCAAACCAUACUACUUUGCCAAUUGCAAUUCCAUGCCAGUAAAGGUCACAUUGUAAUUUUA